UGAGUUCCUCAAGAAUUCUACAUCCUCUGUGAGAGAAACACCUUUGAGAACGUAAUUGAUUAACUCUGUGGCUUUGAAAAUGUGUACUUCUUUCAAGGGCUUGAAGUGUUUGACCCUGCUUAAAUGUAUCGAAGGAGAAGAAUAAACUCUAAUAAAUAAACUGAUGAAACACUGUAACAGAUAAAAGGACGAAGAAGGAAACUCCACUUAAGGGAAUAGAGAUUAGAAGAGGACGGACUAUAUGUAAUAAAUAAUAUUAAUAACACACAGGAAGGUUUGUAAUACAUAGCUGGAAAAAAAAAAAAAACUGGGACCGAAGAAGCAAGAAAAGAAUGAGAACUCAGGAAAUGGAGGUUUACUUAGUAAAAUUUAUAGGAUCAUCCUUAUAGCUGUGGUUGUCCACCGCUGGUUCCAGCCCGAUAAUUCUCCGAGGAAGCAUUCUCCUUCAGAACAGUUUCAAGCUGCUCUACUGUAACCUGCCUCUGUUGUUUGUUCCAGACUGACGCACAGUGGCACCAACAGCAAGAAGGUGCCAAGUUCCCUUUUUUUAAUUUGUUGACAGAACAGCCGGUGGUGUCUUUGAUGUGUUUGGGGAGCACGUUGAAGAGUAUGGGGCCACUGCGUGAAAGAUUGGAAGGGAAGAGAGUCUUGAUUCUUACUGGAGCCCUCGAAGGGAGCGCUAUUCUCUCACAUACGCAUCCAGUGCGUCGUCAUGACUUGGCCCUCAAGAGCUGGGAGAUGGGGUACGGCAUUUUUUUUUCUAAUAAUGUCCAUUCAUAGAUGGUCUUGUAUCUCUCCCUUUUUCUCUAUUGAGAGUACUGCCUCAUAUUUUGUAGUUGUAUCCAGUGAUUUAGCCCAUUCAUACCUUUUAUCAGCUUUGCACUGCCUCCUCUUGUCACCCUUUUCAUAGGGGUUACAAGAAGGGCCAGCCGCGCAGGGCUAUACAAAGAUAAAUCUUAAUCAGAUAUCGUGAUGAAAUUUGUUUAGAAAGGUUUCCAACAUACAAAACUGGAAGGAAGGUGAGCAAGCAUUAUAACAAAGAAAAGGACAAGUAAGAGGGAACGCAGGGAAUGGGACACAGGUGACGUCAUGGGUGUCAACAAGCGCUCUCCGCCUUGGCCGCGCCGCACGACCCGGGGCUGUCGCAUCCCACCUCAGUAUUUCCUCCUCCAUUGUAUUCCCAUUCUCCGUCUGCGCCUGUGCCUUGCCCUUGAAAACAUUAGGUUAUGUAGACUGAUGUUGCUCAGCCUUGCUCAGGGUUGAGUUUGAGUGGCAGUCUUAUGUAUGGAGCACCCACCAGAGGUUCUUGCAGACUGUGAUAGCUGAGGGACGUGCCGGCCGUGCAGCAUGGCGGCGACUUGCAUCAUGAAGCAGGUGGAGGAGCGCCACGUUGCCAAUGAGAUUAUAAAAUGUGUUUGGUCACCCAAGAUGGACCUGGUAGCUAUUGCGAAUAUCAAAGGUCAGGUGGCAAUGCACAGACUCUCCUGGCAGCGAGUGUGGGUCAUCAGUGCGCCUGGGGAAGGGGUCAGAGUCACAGGGCUGGCCUGGCGACCUGACAGCAAGAUCCUUGCUGUGGGAUACUCAACAGGAGAGGUGGUGCUGGUGGAUAUUGAGGACAGCAGCGCUGUCCACCGCCUGAACAUGAGUGCUGAGGUGACGGCGCUCAAUUGGGCAGCACACGUGCCUGAGGAACCCACCAAGGAGGAGACCAUGUUCACUGACAUGUCUGAUAACUACCUCCCACCACUGCCGUCUCUCUCCAAGACAUACACAGGGGGCAGUGGGGAGGAGCAGGAGGAAGGUUGGCAUGAGGGGCGGCUCCUCCGUGACCAGAAUUGCCUCACUCUUCUCACCGUGGGCACUGCUACUGCUGCCAUCCAUCUGUAUGCCUUUGGCCUCUUCCAUUGUGCCACUGUUGAGUUGAGUGAGACUGUGCCUGGGGCAGGACCAGUGCUGGAUGCCACUCCUUCCCAUGACCUGCACUUGCUCAGCUGCCUGGUGGAGAGGGAGACAGGAUCUGGCCGGGAGUUGGUUCACGCCACGGUGGAGACGCUGGUGCUGGCUUGCCGCCACCGGGAGCUUCAUGCGCUGGCCCGUCGCUAUGGCCAGAUCCUCGGCCUGAUGAGCUAUGCCAGCCACACCCUCACAUUGCUGGAGGAGGCUUGGGAGAGCAUCCUGCUGGAGCUGGACCACAAGCUAGCUGACUACGCCCGCACUGUGCCGGAAGGAGGUGUUGCUGCAGAUUUCCUGGAGCUUUUGGUGUUUGGCCGCACCUCAUCUGAGUUUGAGGUGUUCUUGUCGAAUGAGCUGACAGAGAAGGGUCUCAAGAAGCUGGGCCACUCCAUUGAGCUGAGCUAUUCCAACAUUCAGAAGCUGGUACUGCGGAAUGUGCAGGCGGUAGGCCAGGCGCUGGUGCAUCAGCUGAGUGCACUGAUGGGCCUAGCACGUUGCCAUGGCCGCUUUGGGGUGCUAGGGGUGGAGGAGGAGUCGGUGGGCCGGGCAGUGCAAGAGGCCGGUGCCUUUGUGCUCAAGGCGGUGGAACUGCAGCAGGUGAUAGAUGCAGCCAUGACCACCUUCAAGGCUUUCCUGCGCUGGCUGUACGUGGUGGUCCAGCGUGCCCGUGCUGAGUCUGUGCCUGAGGACAUGACCCGUGGCACCCAGCAGGACCUCACCUACAUAGCAGAGUUCCUGCACGACGGCCUGGAGGACACCCCUGUUGGCUCUUCUGGUGCUGCCCAGGGGGAGCGGCGGCCCAGAUUCCGCUUGGAGCGUGUUGGUCAAUACUUGAAGGAUGCCCCGUUGUCUUGCCCCCCUGAGUCUGGGCCCAAUCCUUGGGUGGCCUUCUUGGAGAAGCACCCAGCCUUGGCCAAUCACCCUCUUAUCUUUCCUCACCACCGUGAUCGCUCACUUGUGCAGGAACUUAAUAGCAUGGCAGGUGUGCUGGAAAGUAUGGCUAGUCAGCCAGCGCAGGUCAUCAGUGAGGCCAUUACUGUGGCCUCCUGGGUGCCCAUGGUGAAGAUUACAGAGGGUGCAGCAGUCAGUGUGAGUCAGAUAAGUUGUGCGAAGGAUUCUGCUGUGUACACUGUGGUACUGCCUUGCUCCGGCCAGUCCCUGCUGUAUUUAGCCCGCUGGUCUACCACACCGGAAGUGUUGGUUUGUGCUUCAGCGGGGCCUGGUCCUGCCCACCAUGUUAAAGCCAUGCCCUUUGUGUUCUCACGGCUGGAUGGAGCACGAAGCACCUCCCAGGACCAGGCCCCUACCACCUCUAUUCUGAAGUUAAUGGGAGCACAGUUCUACACUGAAGAAACUCUGUCUGUGUUGGCCCAGGAUCCCAGUGACCCACGUACGGCUUUCUUCAUCCAGCUGUGGGUGUUGGCUGUGGUGGGGGAGCUCAAGCCACUGGCCUUGUAUGGUGGUCGUUCACUGGCAGAAGCUGGUCUAACACCUUGUGAUGCCGGGGCACUUGUGGAUGCCAGUGGCUUCAGGCGGCUGGAGGGUGGCCCACUCACCACACUAGCUGUUUCUGGCUCCCGGAAGGUGGCUCUUCUGCUCUCCGAGAACAGACGGCGGGUGAGGCUAUUUGAGAUGGAGGUGGAUGAGGAUGAUGAAGAUGAUGAGGAAGAGGACACUGCAGCCCAACAUGAGUCUAUAAUGAAUGCCUCUGGUGCCUCAGAUGACCAGGCUGAUGCCCUAUAAUGUAAAGAAACAACAUAGCAAGUUGUAUGCUAAUAAAUCUCCACUGCUUUAA